AGAUGGCAGAAUUGUUUAUGGAAUGUGAAGAAGAGGAGCUAGAACCAUGGCAAAAGAGAGUGAAAGAAGUGGAGGAGGAUGAUGAUGAUGAUGAGCCUAUCUUUGUUGGGGAAAUCUCAAGCUCAAAGCCGCCUAGUACAUAUAUAUUGAACAGAGUCAACCUCAGCUCAUCACGAAGGGGAAUACAGAAUGGUGCAACCAGUAGAGGUACAGUUACUACAUUCAAGCCUGACAGUCAGCAUUAUGCGACACCUGCCUCCAGCCCCAGUGCCAUGCCUGUUUCAUCAGUUUUUCAGGCCGUAUCUAGAUCUACAAGUAGUUCUGUAGCAGUUCAACCCUUGUCUAGAGCAGUGAAUGUCUCAGGAACUUCACAGACAUUGCAGAGGCCAAUUGCUGGAUGUUUAUCAACACAGCAGCUGCCCCGGUCAAGUUCUGGAAUCCCGCAAUCUGUCAGCAGACCUGUAACCAUUCCAGUGACGACACAGCCAGUAUCAAGAAAUAUUACCAUUCCUGUAGUGGCUCAACCGAUACCAAGGCCAAUGAUCACUGUAACAGCACAGCCUGGAAUAUUAGAUCAGGAUUAUAUUAUGGAUUCUCCACCAGCUGCACCAGAUGAUACAUCUGGUAUACUGUUCGGUGUGAGACAGAACUCGGGAGUUCCACAGUACGAGACUGGGCCAGCAGUGAAUGUGACAGGUACAAAUACUGCAUCAAGCAACAUGAAAAAUGGAGGACCUUUUCCACGAGCUUGUCCAAAGUGCAAUAUUCACUUCAAUCUUAUGGAUCCUUUAAAAAAUCAUAUGAAGUAUUGUUGUCCAGAUAUGAUAAAUAACUUUUUCCCGGGAGUGGACAAAACUGAAUGUUCAAGCACAACAAGCAAAAUUGCUGAAUCUGAGAAAGGAAAACUGAUUAUGCUAGUUAAUGACUUCUAUUAUGGGAAACAUGAAGGUGAUAUCCAGCAGGUACAACAGGAGCAGAAGACUCAUACAACUUUUAAGUGCUUCAGUUGCCUGAAAGUUCUUAAAAAUAACAUAAGGUUUAUGAACCAUAUGAAACAUCACUUAGAGCUCGAGAAGCAGAGCAGUGAAAGUUGGGAAAGCCACACCACCUGCCAGCACUGCUACCGCCAGUUUCCCACCCCCUUCCAGCUGCAGUGCCACAUUGAAAGCACACACACGCCUUAUGAGUCAUCUACUAUUUGUAAAAUCUGUGAAUUAUCCUUUGAAACAGAGCAAGUUCUUUUGCAACAUAUGAAGGACAAUCACAAGCCAGGUGAAAUGCCAUAUGUUUGCCAGGUAUGCAAUUAUCGAUCCUCAGCUUUUUCAGAUGUAGAAACACAUUUCCGAACAGUUCAUGAAAAUACAAAACAUUUGUUGUGCCCAUUUUGUCUCAAAGUAAUAAAAAUUGGAGCACCAUACAUGCAUCACUACAUGAGGCAUCAGAAAAAAGGAAUAUACCGUUGCACUAAAUGCAGGCUGCAGUUUUUGACAUGCAAGGAAAAAAUGGAUCACAAGACCCAGCAUCAUCGAACGUUUAGGAAACCUAAGCAGUUAGAAGGUUUGCCUCCUGGAACAAAGGUUACAAUUCGAGCAUCUGUUGGAGCUCUUCAAUCAGGAUCAUCUGCUUCAUCUUCUGUUAGUACGAGCACAUCAACAUUUCAGUUAUCACCUAAAGCUAAAAAUACAAGCAGUAGAAAAUCUAAUGCAAAUAAGUCAAAAGGAAGAUCAAAGCCAUCAACUGUAUCCAAGAGACAAAAUGCGUGGACCAACAGUAGCAGCAAAAAAAAAAAUAAAGUUGCAAAUACAGCAUUAUAUAAUCUGAGGUAUCGUUUGGGAUCUCACAAAUGUAUUGAGUGUUUCUCAGAAAUAAAAGAUUUUGCAAGCCACUUCCCUGCUUAUGUCCAUUGUAGCUUAUGCAGAUACAACACUAGUUGUAGCAAAGCCUAUGUGAAUCACAUGAUGAGUUUUCAUAGUGCUCGUCCGAGUAAAAGAUUUUGGAUCUAUAAGAAGCAUUCAGAAGAGCUAAGAGGUUUGACUGUAGUAUGUCUUAAUUGUGAUUUCCUGACUGAUGUUUCUGGCUUAGAUAACAUGGCCACACAUCUGAGUGAAAACAAUACUCAUACUUGUCAAGUUGUUAUAGAAAAAGUUUCUGUAGAGUUCCCAACUGCUGAACAAGUAUCUGACAAACAAGAAUAUGACUCUUCAGAGGAAACAAAAGAACACAACAGAAAUCAAACUAACCAGAUUGCAUCAGUUGAAAAGAGUGAAGAAAGUUCAUCAAAUACAGAGAAUGUUCCCAAUUUGGAACUUGACAGCAAUGACAGCAGCUCUAGGAAUGUCUUGGAUGAGAAAGGCAAAUCUUGUGAUUCAGAUGAUAACAAACAAUUAGUAGAAGAGAAGCAAAAAUGUAUUCAUGAUGAAAGUGAGUUGAAAACUUGCCAAAGUUCAGACAAUACAGUCUCGAAUGACCAGACUGAAGUACGUAGUUUGGAUGAAACUUCAUUGUCAGCAUUGAAAGCAAGGGACUUAAAACUAACAUUGGGUGAAGAUGUUAGUUUUGAGCAGUUCUUGAGAAAAAGAGAUGAACCUGAAUCCGUUAGCUCAGACAUUAGUGAGCAAGGCAGUAUUCAUUUGGAGCCUUUGACUCCGUCAGAGGUACUAGAGCAUGAAGCUACUGAAAUUCUGCAGAAAGGUAAGGUUGCACCUUCAUCAAAGAAAGCUGGACUACUCUCUGAACAAACAGAUGAGACUUCAAAAGAAAGCAGUCCCAGCAGAAUGGAAACAACUGUAAACAAGACAGAUGAAAAUGAAGCAAGCUGAAAUUAUGUUAAUAUUUUGUUCCAUUUAUUAUAGAUAAUGCUAAGAACACCAUGGACCAUUCCUCAUGAGUGUGCUCAUUGAUGCUAAUGAUUAAAA